GAGUUUAAUCCCAAGAUGAAAAUAAGGAGGUUAUAGAUAUGUAUCGUGAACAUACAUGACGCCGAAUGUACGAUCAAAGUUGGGGAAGACCGAACUUGAUUUAUAUAUAAAUAGAUUCGCAUAUCAACAUAGAAGUACAGCAUAGAAUUGCGAUUCUAAAAUCUUGAGAAAACUUGGAAAAAAUACGAGAGCUUAAAUAUGUCAGACCCGGAACUUGAAGCGAUACGACAGCAACGUCUGGCUCAGUUGCAGACUCAAUACAAGGGUAAUAAUGUUGACGAUAAACAAUCAAUGGAAGAGAGGAUGCAACAGAUGGAAGACAUGAAGCAUGCUAUAUUGACUCAAGUGUUAGAUCAAUCAGCUAGAGCAAGAUUGAAUACACUUCGCCUUGGAAAGCCUGAGAAAGGUAAAAUGAUAGAAGAAAUGCUUUUAAACAUGGCACAACGCGGACAGUUGCCUGGCAAGCUCGGAGAACAAGAAUUAAUCAACUUACUGGAAAGUGUGAAUCAACAAACCCAAAAAAAGACAGUGGUCAAAUUUGAUAGGAGAAGAGCUGCAAUGGAUUUUGAUGAUGAUAUGGACUUGUAGCACUUGUAUAAAUGUUAUACAUAAGAUCAUUUAAAUUAACAAAAUAUUGCUCAUUUGCAGUUAUAGUAAGUUACAGAAAAUUACUACUACAUAAUCUAUUACUUUUUGCUUAUUUAUAUUAUUUUUAUGCUGUAUUGAAAUAAAAAUUAUUAAUGCUAAUGGUAUGACAAUUAAUAGUAGGAUAUAAGGAUCAACAUUAUCUCUUAUUUGAAUAUGUGUAUAUCUAUAAUAAUAGUAAUGAUAGUAGUGUCUAGAGAAAUAUUUACUAUUUAGAUUUCUUUUUUGAUUACAUAUAAAUAUACAUUCGGCAAAUACACAUCUGAUCUUCCUAAAAAAAAA